AGCAGCACAUAUGUAAAAUAAAGUAAGUCUUGAGGGAGGAGUGCGGACCUUGUGACCCCGCCCCCUGUGGGCGGCGCAUCAGGUGGCGCAGGUUUCAUAAAGCCCCGCGCGGAGCAUCUGCACCAGCAGCGGCACCGUGAGGCUCCGUCAUGGCGCGUGAGUCUCCAGCAUCUCCGGUGUGUCAGGAAGUGGCGCGGAACCCUCACCCGCUUUCCUAGUGUUCCUUCCCGCGAUGCAAGCCCUCCACAGACCCGGGCUGCACCGGGCACCUGACACCGAGCUGUGGCAGGACAGGAUGUCGGAAAACCAGAGCGCCUCGAACGGCUCCGAGCCGAGCCGCUUCAGCAACCUGGAGGACAUCGACGUGGCCGCGGACGGAAACCUGGAGCUGCGCGUCAUGAUCUCCAUCGUGUACUCGGUGGUGUGCGCGGUGGGUCUGGUGGGGAACCUGCUGGUCUUCUUCCUCAUGAAAGUCCGGCAGGGGAGGAAGAAGUCCACCAUCAACUACUUCAUCAUGAACCUUGCGGUCACGGACUUCCAGUUCGUCAUCACGCUGCCCUUCUGGGCGGUGGACACGGCGCUGGACUUCACCUGGCCCUUCGGACACGUCAUGUGCAAGGUGGUGGUCACGGUGACCGUGAUGAACGUGUACGCGAGCGCGUUUUUCCUCACAGCCAUGAGCGUCACGCGCUACUGGUCCGUGGCGUCCGCGCUCAAGGACCGAACGCGCAACACGCGCUGCUCGGUGAAGCUGGUCAGCGCGCUUCUGUGGCUCCUGGCCACGGUGGCCUCGGUGCCCACGGCGAUAUUCACCGGGGUGAACUCGAUCAACGGCGUCAAGCUGUGCCUGCUGCGCUUCCCCAGCGACCAGGACUGGCUCGCGAUCUAUCACCUCCAGAAGAUCCUGGUGGGCUUCGUGUUACCGAUGCUCAUCACCAUCGUGUGUUACCUGCUCCUGCUGCGCCUCAUCCGCCAGCGGAGCAUGAACAACAACCUCCCCAAGCGCAGGUCCAGAGUCACCAAAUCCGUCACGAUCGUGGUCUUGUCGUUCUUCAUCUGCUGGCUGCCCAACCACGCCAUCACCUUCUGGGGUGUCCUGGUCAAGUUCAACGUCAUCCAGUGGGACAAAAUCUACUACAUGCUCCACACGUACGUGUUCCCGGUCACCGUUUGCCUGGCGCACUCGAAUAGCUGCUUGAACCCGGUCUUGUACUGCCUCAUGCGCAGGGAGUUCAGGAAAAUGCUGAAGGACUUCUUCUGGAGGAUUUCCUCACCGGCGAUCGCCAACAGCUGUCAGAUCCGCCCGUUCUCCGGCACGGCGAAGGCGCGCGACGACAGUCAUGCGGCGAUUCCGCUGAACGUGAUGGAGACUGAGGACUUCAGAUUGUCGGUGGUGAACGGGCAAACCGAAGCGCUACCGUCCACAGACUGCGCCGUUAUGAGGUAGACUGGAGGAAAUCUCUUUUUUAUUGUAAUUGUUCCAUGAACUAUGUGCAGAAAUUGUCCUUUGCAAGCCAUUUGUCCGCUGCUUUUUUAACGCUUCUUCGAAACUGGUUUUAUUCCGUGUAAAGGCGCGCGUGAAGCAGACCUGGAUGUACAGAGUACCGAAAUAAAAUAUUGAGCUUAAGCUGCACUGCUUUUUUUAUAUUUUCCACUUUAACUCUGUUUGGAGGAAGAUACUGUUGCAUUGAAAAAAAUAAGUGUAUUAAGAUACAACACUUCGUGUGUGUGUAUAUAUAUAUAUAUAUAUAUAUAUAUAUAUAAAUAUUUGACCAACCCCAUUUUUUCACUUUUACUUAUGUUUGAAGGAAGAUAUUGUUGCAUUGAAAAUCAAUCGCUCAAUAUAAUUAUAUAAAUAAUUUAUAAUUGUAUUAAGGUACAAGAACAAUUCUUAUAUAAAUAUAUAUAUAUAUAUAUAUAUAUAUAUAUAUAUAUAUAUAAUAUAUAAAUAUUUGACCAACCCCAUUUUUUCACUUUUAUUCAUGUUUGGAGGAAGAUAUUGUUGCACUGAAAAAUCAAUGGCUCAAUAUAAUUAUUUUUUCAAUUUAAUUACUAUAAUUGCUUAUACAUCUUAAUAAUUAUAUAUAUAUAUAAACAUGUAUUGUUGUAUAUCUUAAAAUUAUUUAUUCGAUUUUUUGACCAACCUCAUUUUUUUUCACGUAAAAUGGCAUUGCACUUAUACUUAAACUAGAAAGUAGUGUGUGUGUAUAUAUAUAUAUAUAUAUAUAUAUUAUAAAUAUUUUACCAACCCCAUUUUUUCACUUUUACUCAUGUUUGAAGGAAGAUAUUGUUGCAUUGAAAAUGCUCAUUAAAUAAUUUAUAAUUGUAUUAAGGUACAACAACAAUUCUUUUAUAUAUAUAUAUAUAUAUAUAUAUAUAUAUAUAUAUAUAUAUAUAUAUAUAAUAUUUAUAAAUAUUUGACCAACCCCAUUUUUUCACUUUUAUUCAUAUUUGGAGGAAGAUAUUGUUGCACUGAAAAAUCAAUGGCUCAAUAUAUUUUUUCAAUUGAAUUACUAUAAUUGCUUAUACAUCUUAAUAAUUAUAUAUAAUUAUAUAUAUAUAUAUAUAUAUAUACACACACACACACCUUUACUCAGAGAAAAAUUUUGUUGCUUUAAAAACAAAUCUCUGCCCUGAGAUUGAAAUAAUUGCUAUAAUGUCAUGAAUGAUCGUACUGUAAAUGAAGCAGAUGUUAAAGAAACAACUUGAAAUUGAUACAUUAUUCAUAUCUGGUUUCCGACCUCCUUUUUGGUGUUUGAAUUUAUUGCCUGGAAAUUCUGAAAUAAUUAAAUGUAUUGCUCAUUUGACGUGUAAUAAAGCUGUGUCAGUGACCUCAACCAUGUGAAGGUGAUGGUCCGAAAGGAAAUGAAUGUAAACAGUGUUACUAUGUUGUCCAUUUGAAGGGCAUAAUAAAGUCCUGUCUUAUCAUA